AUGCGUCUCAGACUCGCCAUCCUCCUUCCCGCGCUCGUCGCCUUUGUCGCUUGCGUGCCUCGUCCGGCACUGUCGUUCUCCUGCGGUGCCCCUUCCCAAUCGCCCGAGGAGGCAGCCGAGGUGCAGAGCGCCAUUUCUUCCCUCAGCGUCGACGCCACCGCCAAGGCCGCGCCUGUUUCCAUCCCCAUUGCCUGGCACGUCAUCACCGACAACCAGGGUCACGGCGACCUCACCGCUACGCAGAUCCAAGCGUGGAUCGACGUCCUGAACAAGGAAUACUCCAAGAUCGGCUUCUCGUUCCGCCUCUCCAGCACAGAUCGCGUCGCCAACUCGGAUUGGUUCUACGUCAAGAGCCUCGCGGACGUAACCUUCAAGCCGAUGUACGACCGCCUGUACCGCGGCGACCGGCGCACGCUCAACGUCUACACCCUCAACCUGCGCGAGGUGCCCUUCCUCGGCUGGUCGACGUACCCCUGGGGAUACCCCAAAGACCCCAAGGGCGAUGGCAUCCUGAUCCAGCACGACUUCUACCCGGGUUCGCCCGACCCUCGCAACAACCUGGGACGGGUGCUGAUCCACGAGGUCGGCCACUGGCUCGGCGGACUGCUCCACGUCUUCCAGGGCUACAGCUGCACCGGUCCCGGCGACCAGGUCUGGGACACGCCCCAGCAAAAGGUCGCCAGCAAGGGAUGUCCCGCUCGCCAGGACUCGUGCCCCGCCGAACCUGGUCUCGACAACAUCCACAACUACAUGGACUAUGUGGACGACAUCUGCAUGGAGGAGUUCACCCCGGGCCAGAUUACCCGGAUGAAGCAGGUCUGGGCCGCUUUUCGCGCCUAG